AUGUGGGCAGCAGGUGGAACAAAUAUGAUUGCUCGUCUAUCAGGUUCAACAUUAUUUGGCAAUCAUAGUCUUCUAUCUGUUUUAACAAUUGAUCAACGAUCGGUUUCAACAGCAGAUAAAAAACCUUCGUCAGAUAGUCAUGAAGUGAAUUUACAUCUACUAGAUAAAAUGCGGAAUUUACGUGCACCAACACCUUAUUCACUUUAUAUAAAAGAGAAUUAUCAUGAUAUCAGUGCGAAAUAUCCAAAUAUUAAAUUAGGUGAAAUGAGUAUAAAAAUGGCUGAACAUUGGAAAACUUUAACUGAAGAACAAAGACAAGUUUAUUCGAAAAAAUCUCAAGAACAAAAAGCACUAUAUGAAGAUGAAAAAAAACAUUUAUCAGAUACUGAUUUAAAAACAGUUCAUGCAGAAGAAAAAAUUAAAAAAAUUGAACAACAAGUUAGAAAACUUAUUAAACAAAUACCAACGAAAAAACCACGUUCAGCUUAUAUUCAUUAUAUAUCAUCGCUUGAUCGUGCUGGUGUUGAUUUAAAAGAUUUUAUGAAAACUGCAUCAGAAAAAUGGGCAAAAUUGUCUGACACAGAUAGAAAGAAAUAUGAAGAUAUUUAUUUGAAAGAAAAACGAGAAUAUACUCAAGAUUUACUUACUUGGGCUGCAACAAAUUUAAAGCCUACAGUAGAAAAAACACAACGAUCACCAGUAAAAAGAACUGGUUCACCGAGUAGCAAAAAAUCAACUCCAAGAACAAGUGAUGACGAAGCAUCAUCGUCUGACGAUGAAUCAUCUUCAAAAACAAAGAAAUCAACUCGUUCUAAAAGAUCAUAA